AGGUGAACAGAUACCUGUGUUAUUUGUUUAAGGACGUGCUUAUUGGAGCGGAAGUCAAAAUGGACACCGAAUGGACAAAUAGCUUAGUAAUAAAAUUAAUGGAGGAAUACCGUAAGAAACCUGAGUUGUGGGACAACACGCAUAAAGGCUACCGCACGUUCACAGCGAAGUACGAAGCGUGGUCGGAUCUAGCGAAUACAUUUAACUGUGAUAUACCCGAUCUGCGAAAGAAAUUGAACUCUAUAUUCGCUUCGCAUAGGCGCGAAAAGUCCAAGGAUUCAAAAGAGUCCAAUAAACUAGAGGAUAUGAAUGACGAAACAUCAAAUGACAAUGAUCAUGAAAUAGACGACAUUCACGAAGAGAUCACAAUAAAAGAGGAACCAGUCAUACAAGCGUACAAACCAAAAACAUACAAAUACUCAAAUUCAAACUCCAUGUCACGUUCUACUAAAGUACUAAAACGAAGGCCAGUUAGAGAAGUUCCUAAUACCAGUAAUAGAAUGGACAGUAAAAUAUUAGAAACAUUGAGAUUAAUAAAAAAAACUGGUCUAUCAAGAAAGAAAGAUGAAUGCGACAGUUUCGGUGAAUAUAUUGCUGAUUCUCUAAGGAAACACGAUGACAGAACUCAGUCAAUGAUAAAACAGGCUAUUAACAACAUACUGUUUGAACAAGAAAUGAAAAAAUUCAGUACGAACCAGUACGAAGUAGUUAUAACUGGAAUAGACGAGAAUCCUUUAAUUCUAGGUGACACAGAUGAUAAUGACAAAUAA